AUGUUGACGGCCAUGGGGCGCUUGUGCGCAGCCAGCCUGCUUGCCGUCUUGCCGCUGAUAAGAGCGGACGUGCAACAAGAUGCCGGGUGCCCUGCAGGAGAUGAGGCCUGCAAGUGGCGGCUCCAGGCCAGCCAGGCAAAACAGAUGGCCUCAUCCAGACCAGCUCUUACCAGCUCAGGGGAUGGAGAGCACGCAGACGCCGUGGCCCUCCUUUUCUCGUUGUUGGGCGGCUUCUUCAUGGGAGCUUAUCCGGUUCCCAUAAAGGCCCCGAGGGUCCUGAAGGCGAGCCCCCACCCUGUCAUCUUCCAGUGCUACAAGACCUUCUGGGUCUUCAUCACGGGAUGGCUCUUCCUGCUGCCGCGCUGGUGGCAGCAAGAGUCUCCGGUCUUUUGCCCCACGUGGUGGGGAGUUGUCAGCGCCAUGGGCUGGAUCCCUGCUGGCGUUUGUGCGAUAGCGGCAGUACCACGCAUCGGCAUCGGGAUGCUCGCGGCUGUUGCAGCUUCCUGCGGAUCCAUUUCGGCAUUUCUGGUCUUCUGGCUUGUUCUCGGAGAGUCCAUGAAGGAGCACAACAUCGGAGGGCACGUGAUCUACUUCGCACCGGCUUACCUUGCCUGCAUCGUCCUUGGCAUUGUAGGAAUGGUCUGGGCAACUGGCCUCGGCAGCCCGGCCGCUGUGCCAGAAGAGCCUGAGAGGCGUUCCAAGGAGGACGAAGAGGAAGAGGAGGACAAGGAGGACGAGGAGCAUGAGGAUGAGGGCGAGGAUGAGAGCGAGGAGUUUUGGCAGAACCAUGUCCGCAGACCUGGAUUGGCAGUGAAUCAGCAGGCGACGGUGGGUUGUCUGCUAGCUGCGGCAGUGGGCAUUUUCAGUGCCAUCCAGUUCGGGGCGGUCAACCUGGGAAAGCAAACCGCGCAGCGGUCUGCGGGGUGCUUUGAGGACCCAUCCAAGUGCCCUCCGGAAUUUGUGGAAGCCUUCAACAACUUUGGUUCUUGGAUGGCUUCCUUCGGCAUUGGAGCGCUGCUCGUAACUGCAGUGUUCGUCCUCGCCAUCACCAUCAAUGCUGUGGUCCAGCGCAAAGCUUUGCCUUCGCCACACUGGAAGGCUUUGGCAGGUCCCGGUACCAUGGCCGGCCUGCUCUGGGCCUUAGGCAACUUCUUCCAGACUGCCGCCGUCGUCAGAGGAGGCAGCGCUGUGAUGCUGCCUGCCAACCAAGCCAUUCAAUUGGUGACCUCGGGAGCCUUUGGUCUGCUCUACUAUCAUGAGGUUCCAAACUUACGUCGAGCAGUGCUCUGGACUGCCGCUGCGCUCUGGACUUUGGGGUGCAUCAUCCUCCUGAGCAAGGAGAAGUCCUGA